AUGUCCUUCCAGCUUUCCCUCGAACUAACAAACCUCAUCGGCCCAGUCGCCAAAUCCGUCCUCCGUCUCGCCUCGCUCGGAACCCUCCAAGACAUCAACCGCUCAGGCUCAGAUGGCCUCACCGAACUGCGCCUCGCGUCACUCCUCGGCCAGAACCGCGUCGCGGAAUAUAUGCGCGAGAACUUUCGAAAUAUCGUCGCGCAGUCGCGACAGCACUCUUUUCCUGGGCUAUUAGAAGCUGCCGGGCAGUUGUUCCUCGAAGCCGGUGCGGGGCCGACGGUUCGGCAGGCGAUUACGAACCCAAAUCCGGCUUGGCUGUCGAUGGUCAUUCAGGUUUCAACGCCGGCGUUUGCGCAUGAGGCGCAGUCGUUGGCACAGGCGGUAGCGGCUGUGUCGGCGGAAGGGUUGAGAGAGCAUUCCGGGGAGAGUGCUCUCGACUAUGUCUCCGUGCUCGGGGUUAUCAAUGCGUGCCAGGAGCAGACUGCAGAGUUUCCCUGGGUGGGAUUCUUCGAAAGAACAGAGCAACAGAUUUGCAAAUCCAUUGGCAACGCGCCGCAGCGUCGGCUGAGGCGUGAGCGGAAACGGAGGAUAGACGCCACGGCAAGGUCUGCGGCUAUCGAGCGCGCGAAAGAUCGUUCCUUGCCCUUUCCAAUCCUCAAGGCCCUUGUUGUGCAUCUCGCCUCAAUCCAGGAUCUUCCCGAGCAUCGGAAUCUGCAUCUUCGCACAAAUAGGGGACUCAGCACGAUUGUCGUCUGGUGUCACUACGUGCUAGGGAUUGGUGUGAGUGUUGAGAUCAGUGGGUCAACCGUGGUUUUUGGGGACAAUCCUCGUAUCUUCGUGGAGGAUUGCGGUGUAUAUCCAGCCUCAGCAACUGUACUGGAUGCUUUGGAGGAGCACGAGCCAUUGUUUCAACUCAGUCAGGCCGAGGAAGAUCCUGUGCUCGAGGGGGAAGAUCGUGCCCUCGCACGCGGGUUUCUGAAGCAAGCUUUACGUCGCUUCGGUGUUUCUGAGGCAAGUAUCCUCGUGCAGGCGAACUGGGCCGCCGCUUCCUGCAUGAACCUCCUUUCGUCGUCAAGAGAGCCCGAGUUUGGUCCCCUCCGUGUUACAUCCAUGACCUCGCAAGUUCGGGAUAACAUCUUCAACUCUAUUUCCUUCCUUUUUGAUAUUCCAACACGAGAUCUGAGCAAAGUGAAACACGGAAAGAAAUGUCCCAAUACCAGGCAAGUGUCAUGGUCCAGCAUCAUGGUGGUCAUUCUGGCAUUUGCUAGAAUCCAACGUCUACCCGACUGUGAGACCAUUCCACUCUCUCUAAAGGCCUUUUCAAAGAUUGGCGGCCAUAAGCACCCACUUGGGAUGCAAAAAACCCACGAUAUUGGAACCAUCCCAGACACCAUGGACUGCUUCGACAUCAUCUCCCAAUUGCUGCUGGGAUCGCAAUACUCCGCGGACUACGUCGCAAAUUCAGUCCUGGUGAGCGCCCAAGGCUGGAGUAUCUACCUGUACUCCCUCGCAGCCGUUGACGUGAGCGACAUCUCGCCAGGCGUCAUCCACGUUUCAUUGGGGGUCCCGUCUCGAAAUGGCGAGCGCAAAGCUCGCAUCGUCGACGGCCCGACCGACGUCCCCAUGGCCUACGGCGAAGUUCUUGAUGAUACCGAGAUCCCCAUCGUCUUCUGGCCGGGGAUCUCGACCAGCAGACUCAGCGCGACACUUAUCGGCUACCAUGGACGUGACGCGUUUUCAGCCGUACAGGUGUAUCAGUGGGAUGCAGACGGGACAAGGAACGAGACGCGGAAAUGGCGCCUGGGGCUCCGAGAUAAGCAGGAUAUGUCUUUAAAAUUUUCUAUAAUCAGCGACUGUCCUUGCGAGGGGUAUUACGAUGUCAGGUGGGGUGCAGAGUGGAUUGAUCGGGUGGUACGGGCCGGAACGGUUGACCGAGAGGACGGGCAGGGCUAUUCCAGGGUUAUCCAGCGGUACUCGAAGACGCGAGUCUCUUCUUCCGAAAGGGUCUUUACCGCCGGCAUGGAGCCUAGUACCGGCAGUGUAAGCCCGCCUGAACAGGGUUGGUUCUUCUUCGUCACGGAAAAUGCCGCGGCGAGAUGGCUGGCGCUCGACGGCCUGGACCAGCUGAAUGGUAACGAUGCUGGGUUUCGAGGUGUGGUGCGUGGGAACAAUUGCUGUAUUGAGUGUGCCUGUCGCGCGAUAAGCGAUAGAAAUUUUGUCCUAUUGUAA